CGCGCGCGCGUGCACACACAGGCACCGUGGGGGAGACCGCUUUGUGUAAACGGUUGCGAUGUGAUGUGUGGAGAAAACAAGAGUUUAGACAGAAAAACAGUAUAUUUUCAUCUGACAGAGAAACCAUGGAGCUCACGCGUGUUAUUAUAAUCUUGGCCCAGUUCGUGUGGCCACUGUGGUCUAAAGUCAUCCACCUCACGGAAAUGUACGGGAGCAUCCAGUCUCCGAACUUUCCCGAAUCAUACCCGAAAGAGACCGAAGUGCAGUGGAAUAUAACUGUACCAGACGGAUAUCAAAUACGACUCUAUUUUAUGCACUUUGACAUAGAGCCGUCAUACUUAUGCGAGUACGAUUACGUAAAGGUGUACUCGGAGAGCGAGGAGCUGGCUGUGUUUUGUGGGAGAGAGAACACAGACACAGAACGGGUACCUGCUGAUGAUGUCAUUACGUCCCCUAGAAGCGAGCUCAGUGUGGAAUUUCAUUCAGAUUUUUCCAAUGAGGAGCGCUACUCAGGGUUCGAGGCCCAUUAUAGUGCAUUUGAUGUUGAUGAAUGCAGAGACAGAAAUGAUGAAGAUCUCGUUUGUGAUCAUUUCUGUCAUAACUACAUUGGUGGCUUCUACUGUUCUUGCCGCUAUGGAUACCUGCUUCACGCUGAUAACAGAACAUGCAAAGUGGAGUGUAAUGACAGCGUGUUUACGGAGCGAUCCGGAGAGAUCGCCAGCGCAGAUUUCCCUAAACCAUACCCCAAGAGUUCAGACUGCGUGUAUCGCAUUGAGCAAGAGGAGGGCUUUCAAAUCACUCUGGAGUUUGAUGAUACCUUCGACAUCGAAGACCAUCCAGAAGUCUCCUGCCCAUAUGACUUCAUUAAAAUUCAGGCUGGAGACAGGGAGUUUGGUCCCUUUUGUGGUGACCGAUCACCGGGGAAGAUCUUGACAGGAAGUAACACAGUCAACAUCCUGUUUCACAGUGACAACUCGGGGGAGAAUAUCGGCUGGAAACUCACCUAUACUUCCACAGGUUCUGAAUGUCCUCCACCUACGACACCUCUUAAUGGUCAGCUAGAGCCUCUGCAGUCCAAUUAUAUAUUCAAAGAUCACAUUACAGUGACCUGUGACCCGGGAUACUCCCUACGACAGGAUGAUAAAGAAUUUGAGCAUUAUCAGAUUGACUGCCAGAAAGAUGGAUCAUGGAGCAGCGACAUACCACAGUGUAUAAUGGUGGAUUGUGGUCCAGUAGAUUUGGUUCUGGGUGAUGUGGUGUUUGAGAACUCUGAAAACAAUACUCUGUUUGGAUCUACAAUUCAGUACAGCUGUAAAGACUCACCCAUCAUCAAUAACACUUACACCUGUCAUCAGAGUGGGAAGUGGGUGAGUCAGGAUGGGACAUCACUGGUCUCCUGCUUCACAGGAGAUCAUGAUAAUACGUCAAAUACAUAUCCUGAACUCCAGCUUCCCAGUCCAUUAACCAGCACUCCCAUUGCAUGCGGCGAACAGUCCCAGCUCUUCCCAGCGCAACAGAAGCGAAUUGUUGGCGGGAGGACGGCAUCUCCCGGACUGUUCCCCUGGCAGGCUCUUCUCUCAGUAGAAGACACCUCGCGCGUACCCGAGGAUCGUUGGUUUGGCAGCGGAGCUCUGCUCACCCCAUCCUGGGUUCUCACGGCCGCCCACGUUUUGCGUUCUCAUCGGCGCGAUCUUUCCAUCGUCCCUGUCGCUCCCGAACACAUCCGGGUCCAUUUGGGCCUGACGGACGUACGGGAUAAACGAGCAGGCACCAACCGUUCCGUAGAGAGAGUCGUCCUUCAUCCGCAGUUCGACUCCCACAACUAUAAUAAUGACAUUGCGCUUGUUAAACUCAGUAUGGAGGUGGCGCUGUCUGAGUUUAUUCGACCUGUUUGUCUGCCGAGGCCUGCCGUUGAAGAUAAUGACCUGAUGCCUCAACCCAACACAAUGGGUGUGGUGGCGGGUUGGGGCAUCAACACAGCUAAUUCUUCCGCCUCUGCCAACGGCUUGACCUCGGACUCGGUUUCAGAGCUUCUGCAGUACGUCAAGCUGCCCGUUGUCCCGCAGGACGAAUGCGAAGCAAGCUACGCUUCACGCUCCAGCAACUACAACAUCACCACAAAUAUGUUCUGCGCUGGCUUUUAUGAAGGUGGUCCAGACACCUGUUUAGGAGACAGCGGAGGGGCGUUCGUCAUCCAGGACACCCGCAGUAGAAGAUGGGUGGCACAAGGACUGGUUUCCUGGGGUGGACCAGAGGAGUGUGGUAGUCAGAGGGUGUAUGGGGUGUACACCCGAGUGGCAAACUACAUUCACUGGCUACAUACGGAGAUGAACAUAGAGCGUUGGUGGUGAGGAAAUAGGAGGUACACUAGAGCUUAAAUCUUAUUAUUUUUUUAAACUUUAUGUAUUUUUUGCUCUAUAUUUUAUACAAUUUUAUACGUUUAAUGUCCCUUGGAGGAUGUUUGUAUUGCAAAUUUUAUUUUUGUGUAAGGAUGUCUGUUUGGCUACACGCUGUAAAAAGGAAAAGCUGUUGUACUUAAAGGAUUAGUCCAUUUUCUUAAAAAAAAAAAUUAUUUACUCACCACCAUGUCAUCCAAAAUGUUUCGCUAGAUAAGACCCUUAUGCCUUGUUUGAGAUCGUUUAGAGUCCUUAGAAACUGCAAUUUUAAACUGCAUUAAAACUGUUAAGUGUUGGGGUCCAUUAAAGUCCAUUAAAAUGAGAAAAAUCCUGGAAUGUUUUCCUCAAAAAACAUAACUUCUUGAAAAAAGAAAGACAUCAACAUUUUGGAUGACAUGGUGGUGAGUAAAUUAUCUGGAUUUAUCUGGAAGAAAAUGUACUAAUCCUUUAAGAAACUUGGUAACACUUUUAACCCUAAUAAGUCCCUUGGGGUCAAUCUUACCUCCAAGCCACUUUUCUUUAGUUUUUAAAAGAUGGUUCCUUUUAUCUCAGUGGAAUAAGAUUUUGUGAUUUUUCCAGAUUAUCUGUCAAGAUUCAUAUAAAAAAACUGGUCUUGAUUUCGGUCGUUCUAAAGAUGUGUAGAUUUUUUUUACCAAAAGAGGCCCUUUGGGGAUAAAAAUGACCCCAGUUGAAAUGAAUGGGAAAUGCAAAAAAUAAAAUAAAAUAAUGAUAUUUUUAUUUGUCAAAAAAAUCAAUGUAUCCAGAAUUAAUCAGAAAAUUUUAACACAGAAAGGUAGGCCUGGUACUAGAGCACAAAUGCAAUAUAGAAAAGACAUGCUCAAUCACACACACACGCACACACACGCACACACACACACACACACACACACACACACACACAGACAGACAGACAGACACACACACAUUCUGGUUUCCAUGUUUUGUGGGGACAUUCCAUAGACGUAAUGCAUUUUAUACCAUACAAACUGUAUAUUCUAUUCCCCUAACCUACCCCAUUCCCUAACCCGUGAUAAUUACCAGAUACACACACACGCACACACACACACACACUUCUGUGGCAUUUUGUAAACACAGACAUUUCAAAAUGCAUCAAAAACUUCAAAAAAUUCUACUAUUUGAAAUAAUAUUUAUUUUUAAUGUCCUUUCUAAUGUUUAUAUAAACAUAAAUUCACAAAAUGUUUCACUAAAGUAUUGAUGUUGAGCAGUUGGCCACAUAUGGGUGAUUCUCACGAAAACUUGGUUUUAAAAUGUCAAGCAUGAAAAUGUAAAAUGUAAAAAUUGCUUAAAUUUCCUUUUUUCCCACCAGACAUUGAAAAACUAAGUCAGGAGUAAAUGGGAACAUUAAUUUAAAAACGUUUACUUAUCAUUUAACACUUUUUGUAACAUAAUUUAAAAAAUUUGUCCUAAAAAAUCUUAUUACCGCAACAGUCAGAAAACAUCAACACUGACAUAUUUUCAAAAUGACAUGACAAACCUGAAAGAACAUAAUUUGGAGAUUCUGCACAUGCAUUUAAAAUCAAAGUAUUAUGCUUCUAUUAAUUAAAUUAACAUUUAAUAAGCAUCUGUUGCGGUAAUGAUAAUCAAAAUGUCGUGUAAGCAUUCUGACAAGACAAUAUUUCAAAUUAACUGUAAAAAAUGAUCUUACCUGGUAGCCAUCUUGAAGUAACUGGUCCAUGUGCUUGGUCACUCAAAAUCAAACUUUAUUAAAAUUCUGUAUGUGUGCUUAAACUGUUCUCAAAAAGUGUUGCGGAGGAUGAGAACAUCAGGCAUGGACACAUCAUUUUCCUAAUUUUUCUUCAUUAUUAUUAUACAUGAAUAUUGAGUAAAUAUUUCAUCUAAAGUAGUCUAGCAAAACAUCCAUUUAUUUUUUUUUCUUAAUAUUUUUGUGUUAAUUUGAUUAAAUUACAACAUAACGCAUGUUCAAACACAGCCGGACACAUUGCGGUAAUGAGAAUUUCAGCAGAAAAUGAGAUAAAAUUUCCAAUUAUAAAUUCUUAUGUUGAAAUCACACAUUGUGCAAGGUAGAACACAGUAUUGUGUUAAUUCUGAUGCUUUUUAAUGUUACUAUAUUACACAUUUUAAAGCUAAAAUCAUUAGUGCCGUGGUGUUUCAAUGGUUUCGUGAGAAUCACCCAUAUAGUAAAAUUAAUGGGUCUCUAUGGGCCUCUGCUGGUCAAAAUAAUUUAUUUCCUAAACUGUAAUUCUUUUGUUUUUUUCUAAACACCAAAUGGCCGAAUUCAACACAUAACAUCUAGAUCAAUAUCUAAAAACAAUUUAAAUCAAAUUUAGAUAAUAAUUUAUGUGAAUUUUUCAUAAAAAUGUGAUAUUUUACAGGCAAGCUAAUGGGGUAGUUGAGGAAUUGAGUGGUAAACAGGUACUUCAUAUCUCCCAAAACACAGCGUUAUUGUAUAGAUGGGAAGUAAAAAAAAAUAUAUAUUAUUUGUAUCAUUAAAAAAUUAUAUAUUUUUUUAAAUCACUCUUUUAAUUUCUGGGGUCAUUUUUACCCCCAAGGAACUCUAACGUAUACAGGAAAAUAGGGGCUUAUGAGGGUUAAAAAAAGUUUUAUAAACUUAAGCAUUUUCUCACUAAGUGAAAAAGUUAACGUGAAAAAACUUAAAAUGAAAAAAAAAAUACUUUGAUUGGUAACACCUAAAAUAUUAAAAAAAUUUCAACUAAAAUUUUAUCUAAAAUGUUACUUAAAGUAAGAAAAAUUGAGUAAAAAAAUCAAAUAUUUAAGCAUUGCCAAUUGAAGUUUUUUUUUAAGUUGAUCCAACUUUUACAUUUUACAGAGUACUGCAACUAUGUAUUCUACUUUUUUAUAUUUUUUUUAGACUAGACGCAGUAUAAAUACAAAGUAACUCCUUCGACUGAUGGUCGCUAUUAAACACAUAAACACUAGUAUUCAACAACACAUGAAGGUCUGCAUGCACUACAGAUGCAAGUUCUCAUUUAAUAUUUGUACUGUUAUCUAAAAUGCAUACUUUCCUAAAAUGUAUUUAUCUGAUUAAGUAUUGGUUAGUAUUUAGCCUUUAAAGAAAACAAAUAAUCUAUACACCAUGUAAGCUACAAGCAAAUAUAUUGUAUUAUAAAUCAAACACGUCUUUUGUUACAUGACAUUAUACCUAUUAGCACACAGAAUGUUACUGUUUUAUUUAAAAUAUCAUACCCUUAUUGAAAGUCAUUAAACAUGUUUUAUAAAAACCACAAAAAAAAUACAUUUCAUAAAAUAUGCGUAAGAGUUAGUUGUAUUGGCACACAUACCGUAUGGAUGUAAUUUGAAAUAAAUAAAUAUGAAAAUAAAUAAAAACUGUUGUUGUUUUCAUCUGUUAUACCCUAACUUUUAUUAUUCGUUUUUUAGGUUGUUGUUUGUGAAUCUGUUCGAUAGAGCUAAAAUGUUUAUCAUCGAUAUAACGUGUUAUAUCAUUCGAUAGCGAUAAUUAUUGAUUCAUUUUAUUAAGCUUUUGAAAAAACGACAAGUAGAAAAA